GCUUCGGCGGGAGGGGGAGGGGUGAACACUUGACAGCGGGGGGAGGGGAAGGACGCAGAGGAAAGGGGGAUGGGAAGCGAGGCAGGAGGGGGAGGGGCCUCGGCGAGCCCAGAAAAAACGACAACGCGAGAAAAAUUAGUAUUUUUGCACUUCACAAAUUAAUGACCAUGAGCUCGUUUUUGAUAAACUCCAACUACAUCGAGCCCAAGUUCCCUCCCUUCGAGGAGUACGCGCAGCACAGCGGCCCGGGCGGCGGAGACGGCGGCCCGGGCGGGGGCCCCGGCUACCAGCAGCCCCCAGCGCCCCCAGCGCCCCCAGCGCCCCCGACCCAGCACCUGCCGCCGCAGCAGCCCCAGCUCCCUCACGCGGGCGGCGGCCGAGAGCCCUCUGCCUCCUACUAUGCGCCGCGGGCCGCCCGCGAGCCCGCCUACUCCGCCGCCGCUCUCUACCCCGCUCACCGGGCCGCGGACACCGCCUACCCCUAUGGCUACCGCGGCGGCGCUAGCCCCGGGCGGCCGCCCCAGCCGGAGCAGCCCCUGGCGCACGCCAAGGGCCCAGCGCACGGCCUGCACACGAGCCACGUCCUGCAGCCCGGGCUGCAGCCCCAGCCGCCGCCGCCCCCGCAGCCUCGCGCGGCGCCCCCCGCGGCUCCGCGACGCUGCGAGGCGGCCCCCGCCACCCCAGGCGUCCCAGCAGGGGGCAGCGCCCCCGCGUGCCCGCUGCUCUUGGCCGACAAGAGCCCGCUGGGCCUGAAGGGCAGGGAGCCCGUGGUGUACCCUUGGAUGAAGAAGAUCCAUGUCAGCGCCGUCAACCCCAGUUAUAACGGAGGGGAGCCUAAGCGCUCUCGAACCGCCUACACCCGGCAGCAGGUCUUGGAGCUGGAGAAGGAGUUCCACUUCAACCGCUACCUGACCCGGCGGCGCCGCAUCGAGAUCGCCCACACGCUUUGCUUGUCUGAGCGCCAGGUCAAGAUCUGGUUUCAGAACCGGAGGAUGAAGUGGAAGAAAGACCACAAACUGCCCAACACCAAGAUGCGAUCCUCCAAUUCGGCCUCGGCCUCGGCCUCUGCCGGCCCGCCAGGGAAAGCACAAACUCAGAGCCCGCACCUUCAUCUCCACCCUCACCCGGGCACCUCCACACCCGUUCCCUCCUCCAUAUAAUCCUCUAGAGACCUCGACCAGUUUCUAUCCCUAACCUCUCUUCUCCUGCUCCUUUCCUCAUCCACCCCUCCCAGUCUGGACCAUAAUAGACACCAAAACAAACCCAACUUGGUGAAAAGGAUAACCAAAAAGAAGACAUUAUCCGGGUAAGAGUAUGUGCUGGUUGCCACCCAUGAGAGGACAGUUGUCCAGGAUGCUGGCUGGUGGAACAAGCCUGCUGGCCUGAACAAGGCUGCCAAGUGUCAAUACCUCAGAAGGACUACUUGGUAUCAAAUACUUUUGAGAUGGCUACAGUCAGCUAGCUGGACGGCCCAUGCUGUCUGGGAACAUAUACUUGUAUCUUUGUUGAAAGCAGAAGAAAACAGACCCUUUCCCCACCUUCCUUACCUCCUUCUUCCCCAUUAAGGCAGCUCAUCCAAGCUUGUAUUGAACUGAAUAAAUGAGUAGACAUUGUGGACUUCACAAGAUUAUUUAAUUCUUAAGAUGUGUAGACCUUGAUGUAGAUGUGACAUUUUAGUUUCCCUUACUUGCAUUUAUUUAAGAGACUGUCACAGAGAUAUUGUUGUCCCAUUCUGGGUUACAGUCUUUGGGGAGAGGGGAGUGUAUUUAGACUCAUGUUGAACUGUACAAAUUGUGAUGUGGCUGUAUAGAAAGCCAUGUGCUAAGAAUAAACUCCAUUUAAAAAAACAUUAAAAAUCUAAGAUUCA